UGUAGUCCAACCAGAUCUAGUUGGUGUCUGCCUUCACAGGCUGACAACCAGCAUGGCCAGCAAUUGGUAGCAAGGAGUCCUAAAGCAUAGGGGCAAAACCUAGAUUGUGGGGCAGGAGGACUGGGGCAGCAUUCAGGGACCUCCUCAUCCUCGGAACUGCCCUCCACCAGACUGGUGACAGGGACGAUGCUGGCGGUUGAAAACCCACUGUAACCAAUUAAUUACCUGAGCAACCUAACUUUAAAAGGUGGUUUCUGUUAUGUUAUUUACAGAAACACGGCUGAACUUGAAUAAAUAAAGAUGAUCCCCUACUUUGGCUUUGGAAUUAUUAUUAUUUUCAAAUGGACCAGCAUGCCUGUCUAUGACUUUUAUUUUAUGUUAUGUUUAGAGACUCCGGGGAGGAAGAAUGACAAUGCACAAUUCACACUGGCAAAAAAAAUUAGGAAGUUUUUAUUUCAAAGAGGUGAUAAUAGAGACAACUAUUACGGUGGGAUUAGGCGGAAUCUGGCCACAUAUUACUCUUCUGCUGUUUCUUUCAAGGUAUCCAUAAGCAAUUGAUUGCGCCUUUUCUAGUUUCUCUGCCUAGCGGAUCAGCUGAAUGUUACGCCUGGGACUUGCAAGCAAAGUCCUUCAACAUGACAGUAGCAGUCACCACAUUUCUAUCCAUAGUAGUCAAAAGCAGGGCCCCAGUAGCUUGGGGCGGUUAAUGACGACCGAGUAACACCCCCUUAGCUUGGGCUACAAGUUUGUCUCUGUUGUGUGUUUUGCAGUUUUGUUUAUAACCCAUGUUUUGCAUUCCUCUUGUGUUUAUGGUUGCGUAUUGCUGUAUUGUACUACGGGCUAGUAAACGUUGCAUGGUGAGAUGAACACAGCGAGCUGGGUGUGCAACACAGCAGAAGCGUUCUUCGGCAUUGUGCAGCGUGCACACACAGCAGCACGGCCCCUCUAAACUGGACUGGGCGAAGCCACUGAAGGGAGCUUUGCUCUUCACAAUGAGGGGCAAUCCAUUGGCGAGGUGUGCUCUCUCCCUCCUGCUUUUCGCUCCCAACCGCCAGAGAGAACUCCAGGCCUUUCCUCUCCCUGUAGGCCUCAGCGUUGCUAGGGAGGCCCUAGCAACCGUGCUCCAGCUCCUCCUCCUGCAGCAGGACUACGCUGGGGAAUGAAAGCCAGCUCUGGGGGUGCCAGGAAACUUUGGAAAUGGAGAGUCCAGAUCAACAUUGGCUGGAGAAGCUGUUUCCCCCUCGAUUCAGCGAGGAAGAUUUCUUCAGUCAAGUCCAUCAACCUGAACCGCUGAUCUGCGAAAAGUUGGCUUCAGAGAGAGCACGGAGAAUCAAAGGACUCUACAAUAUGGCGGUGACCAAGUUUCAAGAAGAAAAAAGGCCCCAGAGAAAAGAAUCUCCUUCCAGCCUCAUCAUAAAAAGGAGGGAGGCAGGCUUAGAGGGGACAAAGAUAAACAUUUCAAAGGAGAAGACAGAAGCAGAUUCUGCCUGGAGAACUACUAAUUUAGACGUUGGAUCUGAAGAAAGCAUUGCGGAAACAGAAGGUCAUUGUAUCUGGAAAGCAAAGGAAUGCACAGCUUUAAGAAGAGAGAUGCACAGAGAGCAUUUGGGAAGCCUCUCUUUGAAGCUUCAGCUGCCCUUUCUAAAGGCAGAGUUGGCAGAACUGAAAGCCCAACGCCAAAAAUUAGUGGCAGGAUUUGAAGAAGCCAAACAAGAGCUGAGCCAGUCCAGAAAAGAGGCGUUGUGCAAGGCUGCUCAGCUAGAGGAGAUUCAGAAGCAAAGCCGCAACAAAGAUGCCAAGAUCGAAGCACUGGAACGAGAACUCCUUGAGAAAUCCGGGCGGGUAAGAAGUUUCAGCAAGGAACUGCAGCAGGCCCGGGAGGAGAUCCUUCGUUUAGAGCUGCACAAGAAGGAUUUGCAAUGGGAGUUGGAGAAGCUGAAAGAGGAGCGAGGUUUUGAAAAUAAGUUAUCCAUCGCAAAGGCAAAACUGCAGCAUGAUGAGGAAAUUAAAAAAAUACAAAGAGAGCUAGAGGAGGCUAACAGAGCACUAGCAUCAGAAAGGGCCUUGAACACUAAACAUGCUGCUGCCCUAGAAAUGCUGAAGAAACAUUUUUUGGGCCCACCGUCAUCUGACCCAAUUGAAAAUUUGAGCAUCUAUUUUAUUUAACGCAAAUGAAAAAUAAAAGAAAUUACUGCAAGCCCAUUUCACAA